AUGAAAAAUGCUUCAGACACAGAGGAAGCAGCCUACAACUCCACCCGUAGAAGGCAGAAGUGGUCUGUGGAUCCACGAAACAGUGCCUGGAGUAAAGAUGAAUCUAAAUUUGGCCAGAAGAUGCUGGAAAAGAUGGGCUGGUCGAAAGGAAAGGGUCUCGGGGCUCAGGAACAAGGGAAUACAGAACAUAUCAAGGUUCACGUGAAAAACAACAUGCUGGGGUUAGGAGCAACCGUCAAUUAUGAGGACAGCUGGAUUGCUCAUCAGGAUGACUUCAACCAGCUUCUGGCUGAACUGAAUGAUUGCCAUGGACAGGGUGAAACAGAGUCCUCAGCAAGUGAUCAGAAGAAAUUUAGUCUUGAAGAAAAGUCCAAAUCCUCCAAGAAACGUGUCCAUUAUAUGAAGUUUGCAAAAGGUAAGGAUCUCUCUUCCCGCAGUGAAGAUGAUCUGUCCUGUAUUUUUGGGAAGAGACAGAAGAAUAUGAAGGCACAGGAGGAUAUUGCCAAUUUUGAGUCUCAGGAAAAGAAGCAGAGAGACCCCUGGCUAUCUGAGCCUGCAGAAAGUGCCAACACAGUGAAGAGUGUUCUCACUGUACAGGAAUAUUUUGCCAAGCGCAUGGCAAAAUUGAAAGGAUCCCAAAAUGAAACCGAAACCAAGUUAGACAAUUCUUGUCCAACAGCAGAUGAAGCCUUAGAGCCUUCGGAGGAACUGAAAACCAAAGCCAAAAAGAAAAAGAAGAAACAGAAGAGGAAUGAGGCAGAGAAUACAGAACAUUACGAGCAACCAAAAGUGAAACAAUGUAAGAUAGGUAGCUUGGAUGGAAAUGAACCGGAUGCUCCAUACAAAGAAUGUCACCCAGGAAAAAAGAAAAGAAAAGUUAAAGAUCAACAUGAAAAGGAAAGCCAUAGUUGUUACGAAAAUGUGGGCGGUGGAGAAAUUUAUACGGGAAUAUCUGAUGGGGAAGAAUGCAACGUAAAAGACUCUGAGGCAAAGCAAAAGAAGCGCCAUAAGAAACACAAAAAGCAAAAGGAAGAGACGGAUGAGUGUAUUGAGGAAACGCAGAGAAAGAAAAAGAAACACUGCAAGUAGAUUUAACCAUUUAGCAGUCAAGCUGUGACUUUGAGAUGACUUGAGCUUUAUCAUGUUGGACGAGAAGCCGAUGUAAAUGCACCAGCCAGACGUCAGGUUGUAACUCAGACUUCAGCAUGCCGCUCGGUGUCGAGCCUAAACCACAGAUUGUGUUUAAAUAUAGCUCUUUCAAGGAGGUGGGAACACAGUGACAGGCCAACGUGAGUGUCGGAGCCAUGUUAUAAAGAUCUGCACGCACAGGGCCAAGAUUUUUGCAUGUCUGCAGAGCAACCUUGGUAAAAGCAGUUAAGCUUUGUCUCUUUGAGUAUGGCCAACUGUUCACCCUUACUGACUUUGCAAGAGCUAUGUUUGAAUGCAGCAGACCUUGUGCUGCCUUAAGCCCGGAUUCACUCUGGUGUGACUCCAUUCAUGUAACAUGACCGUAAGCAAAAUCACGCCUGUUUUUAGCUGCUGUGUAUAAGGCCCUUGUAGGCUAUAAUUGUGAGAGCCAGUAAAUUGCUAUCCACUCCA